UGAAGAAUUUCCAGCUGAGACUUCAUCACUUGUACUUUCUCACUUUGUGCGUUUUUGGUUCAUUUCACGGUGGCUGCAGUAAAACCUUGCUGUGAUGUGGCCACAGGUAAUAUUUGGUUUCUUCUUUUGUUUGGUACCCAGCCAUCAGCAGUUUCCCCGGCUGUGCGCAACCCAGCAGGCCCUGCGCACCAAGGAGUGCUGCCCGCUUUGGGAAGGAGACGGCUCUGCCUGCGGAGCCAGAUCGGGCCGGGGCUUCUGCGCUAAUGUGGAGGUCUCGGAUCAGCCCGACGGAGCGCAGUACCCGUUCUCCGGCCUGGACGACAGAGAGAGGUGGCCCCUGGUGUUCUACAACCGGACGUGCCAGUGCGCAGGAAACUUUAUGGGGUUCAACUGUGCCGACUGUCAGUUUGGCUACUUUGGGCAGAACUGUAACGAGAGGAGAGAGUCUCUGAGGAGGAACAUCUUCCACCUGUCCAGAUCCGAGAGAAUCAGACUGGUGUCUUACCUGAACUUGGCCAAGCAGACCAUCAGCAGGGACUACGUCGUGGCCACGGGGACCUACAGUGAGAUGGGGAACGGCACGAACCCGAUGUUUGCAGAUGUGUCUGUGUAUGAUGUGUUUGUGUGGAUGCAUUACUACGUGUCUCGGAACGCGCUGCUGGGAGGACCGGGGAACGUGUGGACCGAUGUGGACUUUGCGCACUGGGCGCCUGCGUUCCUCCCCUGGCACCGAGUGUACCUGCUGCACUGGGAGCAUGAGAUCAGGAAGCUGACUGGGGACAUGAGCUUCACCAUCCCCUACUGGGACUGGAGGGAUGCCCAGGCCUGUGAUGUGUGCACGGAUGACCUGAUGGGUGACAGAAACCCGCAGGAUCCCUCACUUCUCAGCCCAGGCUCAGUCUUCUCCUCCUGGAGGGUCCUGUGCUCCCAGGCUGACAACUACAACAUCAGAGGUGUGUUGUGUGACGCCACCGACGAAGGCCCGGUGCGUCGUAACCCUGGAAACCACAAUCGCAACCUGGUUGAACGAUUACCAACUUCAGCAGAGGUGGAUUUCACUCUGAGUUUGACCAACUAUGACACCGGAGCAAUGGACCGCACUGCCAACAUGAGCUUCAGGAACACUCUGGAAGGAUUCGGGGACCCUCAAACCGGGUUAGGGAGCAGUUCUCGUUUGGGCAUGCACGCUGCUCUGCAUGUGUUCAUGAAUGGAUCCAUGUCCUCGGUGCAGGGCUCUGCAAAUGACCCCAUAUUUCUUCUUCACCAUGCUUUUGUUGACAGUAUUUAUGAACAGUGGCUCAGGAGGUACACACCAUCUCCAUCCCAGUACCCAGAGUCUAAUGCUCCUAUAGGGCACAACAGUGAAUACCACAUGGUGCCAUUCCUGCCCCUCCACAGGAACAGAGAAUACUUCAUUUCCAGCAAGGAUCUGGGAUAUGAAUACUCCCACCUGCUAGAUGCCAGUCAGAGACUGGCAGAAUCAAUGCGACCUUAUCUGGAGGAGCUGCAGGAUGUGUGGCCCUGGCUGCUACUUGCAGGGCUUUUUGGAGGAAUUGUGACAAUUGUCCUUGCUGCUGCCGUCCUAGCGGCAAAGCGGCGAUACAGAAGACCCUCUUGGCUGCAAGGGAGGAGUUGGAAAAGUGCACUUGCUCUCCCAGAAAGACAGCCACUUAUCUUGAGCAAUGAAAGCGUGGAAACCAACCACCGUAACUACCAAACAACUAUGUGAAGGUACAGAGUGUGCAGGGCCCACCUGUCUAUGAGGUUUAAUAUCAAAGCACUGUGAAUGAUAUAGCAAAUAAAUGUAUUUAAACUGUAUAAAAAGUGUAAAAAAAUAAAUAAAUGAAUUGCAUGCAGUAACUUUUAAAAUGGAUUUUGAGGCAUGUUAGACUUUGAAAAUGUUCCACCCACAACUUGUCAAAUUCUACCCAUCAGAUCAUUUCAGACAUGGUAUGUGUAGUUGUAGGGUUUGUCAUGGAAAUGUUCCAUGAUGACUUUUCACAUUUAUUCAUCAGGGUUAAUGCGUUUUUAGCUCAUUGCCUUGAAAAUUGGGUUCUGCAGUACAUUGCGUCAGUCACACAUGCAAACCUUUAGAACAAAGAAAUGAUAUACGAAUGUAUCCAAUUGCAGUUGAAGAGUUUAAAAAAAGCUGUUCAGAUAAACUUGCAGAAGCCUUCAGGGACUUUGAUUUUAUUUAUAUGGGAGUUGAUUGAACCAAGUUUUGAUUAACAUUUCAAUUGAUUCACGUUUGUGAUGUGAGACGUGCUUGUAAAAACAAAAAAAAACAAGUGAUAAUGCCUGCGUUUGGAAGUCACGAUCUGCGACGCCAACGGAAUCACGACUUGGUUCAAUAUUCUAGCCUUGGAGCUGCGUAAUAGAGGAAAAAUUCUGACAUUUGUAAAAGCCAUUGCAAUCCCCCAAAGUUGACUUAGUUCAAAAUCUUCACUUGAAAGGUCGCACCUACUUUAAUUCAUGAGAAGUGUUUCAUUUCACAAGGUCCCAGUGGUUGGAGGAGUCUGACAUUAAAAAAGAAUCCUGUUCUGCAUAUGUCUGCGUUCAAAUUCACUGUGGGAUACACACCGUCACACACACAAACACAUACGACCCCAGCUUUAAAAUUUCAACACAAAAGUUUAUUUUUUGGUAAGAUAAAUCGCCUCCCUAAUAGUUGUACUCUUUCGCCAUGUCUCAUUCAGCCAAAUAUAUUUUAUACAUUCUAAGCCUUGACACAUGCUGUCUAGCAUAACAUUAUUAUAAUACAGUACUUUGCUCAAAAUACUUUGUAUUCAGUUGGCAUUCUCAGAUAUUACAGUACAUUCUCAUUAAAACCGCACUAUGUUGAUUUGACAAGAAAUAAGGAGAUAAAUACAGUAUUUGAAAGCAAAAUGUGUACAAAAUAUACAUGAAGUAUAAUGGUGUAAAAAAAAAACUAUUAGAGCAAA